AUACGAAUUUGUGACGACAUCGACGUUUCAUUAUUGGACGGUUUGUUGUACGUAACCCAGCAACAGGCCGCGCAGACUUGCCCAGUCUCUGAGCCGCUGUUCACGUGCGAGCACUUUCAUUUCAGUUCCCGCCCAACGCUUGGGCGAUCCGAAAGUACGACCGCGCGUCUAUCCGCAUCACGCGUACUCCAAACUACGGAAACACCACAAAAAAACUUCCAAAACUGUGCGUUCUUGUCGCGAUAGCCCUCCGAAUAACAUGUAAACGGGUUGAAGUGUGUUAUCUAACUAAAUGAUUAGCGUAAUCGUCAUGAAGGAUGUUCGCAGUCGUUAAAUAUUCAUGAUUGUAUCUCAACACUACUCGAGAUCUGGCAGCGUAUUCGCCUCAAUCAACAGUGAUUGAUAAGAUGGAGACGGAUAAAAUGUCGACGGCCUCAUCAGUAGGCGCUGAGAGACGGCCUCUCCUGCAGGCGCUGGUGAUUGAGAGGCGAAUCCUUUUUGGCUGCACAGUAUUCUCAGGACUGUGCACAUUUUUAUGGAUAACUGCCGUCUGUACUUCAAAAUGGGUUCACAUAGAUGCAGGAAACGUGAUUGAUAAGAUGGAGACGGAUAAAAUGUCGACGGCCUCAUCUGUAGGCGCUGAGAGACGACCUCUCCUGCAGGCGCUGGUGAUUGAAAGGCGAAUCCUUUUUGGCUGCACAGUAUUCUCAGGACUGUGCACAUUUUUAUGGAUAACUGCCGUCUGUACUUCAAAAUGGGUUCACAUAGAUGCAGGAAACGGUAUUCCCUUACCAGGCAGAGGUGGUUACCUAAUGUGGAGUGAUUCUGGAGUUUGGGCGAUUUGCCGAUAUGUGUUCCAUCCUAAUAUUACUACGGUUAACCACACCGUGAUAACUACACCCAAACCUCAAGAUAUUGGUAACAUGACGGGAUCGUAUUCUACAUUAUGCACAAAUUAUCUCUCACAGCCAGUUAUGGAGAACGGCAGACCGGCUGAUCCAGCCUAUGACGUGAAUAUAGCUAAUUAUGUUCGCACGAUGAUAUCCUUCGGUAUUAUCAGUUUGUUCGUGAUGGCGAUGGGCUGUGGUUUCUCGACGUACACUUUCCGCAACCCUCGGUACAUGUUCAAGCGGUUGGCCGCCGGUAUCCAUUUCAUUAGCACAUCGUGUACUUUCGUGGUGGUACAGGUGAUGAUGUCUUCGGUGGAUCACAUGAAGAAAAACUUGAAGUAUGUGUACCCUGAACGAGCCACCCACAACUACCACAUCAGUUUCUUUCUUGCCUGGUUCGUGGUUCUUAUCAAUCUCGCUGCUGCCGGCUCCUUCCUCUGGUACUCAAGGAAGAGAAAAGGCGACAAAGCAGCCACCGAUGAACUCGCCAUGGCCGACGAACCCACCAUCAUCGGGCGAUGACGUCUUUCUCAACUUCAAGCGAACUGCUUCGCGAGAUAGCUUCCUCAACUCUCUACUGAACAGUGCUCAAAUGACUAAUAGCUGUAACGAAGACCAAGUCUUCGGUGCACGGUAUGAGAAACAAUCGAGUACGCGUCACUUACAUCUCUCAGACAACUGACUGAUUCUAUUACCUUGGAGUUAAUGUAACGUUUAUAUUACAACGCCUUGUUAAUCUUAUAAGCGACGGAAAUAAUAACUUUAUUGCGACAUAUUUUUUUUUAAAUUAUCAGCUUGCAAUAUUUAUAAUGUAAAAUACGUAUUUAGAUUUUAAUGUAUUCGCUGUCUUAUGGGAUUAACGAAGUCAAAACCGACUGCAGUGUUUUUUUUAUAUUCGUCAUAAUAAUAUUGUUUGCAUUGUUUGUAUCUACACGUACCUAGAAUGUAAAACUUUGUGCUGUCAUGUACUCGUAAACAUAUUCGCAAACUGAUUCUAGUCAUUAUUAUAUUUAACGCAUUACAAUUUAUAGGAAUCACUUCCGUAAUUAGCAUUGAGUAACUAUAUACUUGUAGUUGAAAUAUAUGAAAAACUAGAAUACAUUUACAAGCAGGGAAACCAGUUUCAUAUAUUACGUCAAUAUAUGAUCAAAACAUUAAUUUUGAGACCCAUGAUUCACAUGGGUAAAUAUUUUAAAAGAGCAUUUAAUAAUAUUCUAUGCAAAUGCUCACACGUAAGAACAAAUCGUAGGGACCAAGUUUCGUUGGGAAAUGAAAUAAUAUGUUCAAAGCUUUAGGGAUAUUUGAAUUCGUUAGAAGUUAGAGCCAGCGUAAUAAAAUCAUGUAGGGAUGUUAUGGAGCUCUUAAAUCGAUAAUUAUGGGAAAUCUGAAAUAAUUUAAACCGAAAUACAUUUACUCUUUAAACAACAAAGCUAAGAAGAAGGAUCAAAUGAACGUUUUGAUUUUAUUUCAAUAUCAUUCAUGCUGUAAAAUAUUUAUCUCUUUUACGUCUCUAUUUUGAGUUGUUAUAUACAGUAUUGUAAGGUAUUGUGUUUUAAUAUCCCUACAAAAGAUCACGUAAUCAAUAAGAAAUAAAGAUGUAUUUGUUGCAUUAUUUUAAAUUAUAAUCUGUACUCGGAGUAGCUGUUUUUGUUAUUGUUAUAUUAUGUUUUCAAAUUGUUAACAUGUU